AUGUCCACUGGGGAAAAUGUGGUGUAUGACCUCUCCGAGUCGCAUCAAGGCAACAUUAUAGCCUGUGCUGCUCUGACAUGGCUGAUAUCGGCCGUGGUCGUAGCGAGUCGAUUCUACCUCAGAGGAAACUUGAUGGAGUUACUUGGCCCGGAGGACUGGGUUAUUUUGGCGGCUUUAUUUUUCUCCCUGGCAGAGAGCAUUGGGUUCAUCAUCCAGGCAGGCCUGGGGCUCGGGAAACAUUUCAUUGCAAUUCCCAUGGAGAAAUAUGUGACGUUGCUCGAGGCAUCAUGGUUCACUAUCGUUUUCUACACAUGUAGCCUUAAUCUCUCGAAAAUCAGCGUGGUGCUACUAUACUUGCGGACCUUAACUUAUGAUUGGACGAGAAAGGUUCUCUUGGGGUUUAUGGUCAUCGUCACCGUUACUGGCACCAUCAAUCUGAUCCUCGACUUUACGGCCUGCAUACCUCUGAAAGCAUUCUGGGACCCCAGUGUACAAGCUACAUAUUGCCAUUCAAACGAGGUUUACUAUUCUCUGGUAGGGCUGCAGAUAGGGACAGAUUUUCUCAUCUUCCUGCUACCUCUGCCCGUCGUCUGGUCCAUUCGAGCGCCCAAGGACCAGAAGGUAGUGCUCACUAUAGUGUUCUCAUUUGGUUUCUUCAUCUGUAUUGUUUCCAUAAUACGCCUCGUCCUGCUCGCGACCAUCCCGGUCGGGCCCGACUACAGCUACACAGGCGUGGACACGAUCUACUGGUCCCUGAUCGAGGUCAACACCGCCAUAGUCUGCGCCUCAGUCAUGACCCUGAAGCCGCUCUUCAACCGCAUCUUCGCAGCCUCGACGAGACAGACCACAGGCACGCCCGAGGACGGCGCCGCCGGCCCGGUGGGCCACCCGCAGCACCCGCACAUCCCCCUGCCGACGAUCGGGUCCCGCCCGUCGCGCAAGGCCCCUCCGCCGCUGCAGACCAGGCAGUCGUGGCUGAGCGCGCAGCUGGCCAAGCUGGACAAGUCGCUGCAGACGGUGAACGAGACGCGGGCGCCGGCCGACGAGGAGGUCAACCUCCGCAGGCCCGAGACGGCGACGACGCCGCGCUCGAGGAGCGAGAUGGAGCUGCCGCCCUGGCCGCCCUCGCGUGAGCCCGCGGGGAGGGAUAGGCUGAGCCAUAACUCCAGCAUCAUCACGCCUGUUGAGCAGAGGGCGGAUGAGGGGCCUUUGAGGUGA